CAGAAAGAACAGUAAAAAUGCAGGCAGGGCGCCGUACAAAGCACUCGGGACAAAAUCAAUUUUAGUGAAUGUCACUUUUUGUCAUUUUCAAAUUUCCCGCCGUUCCGUCCCCCGUACGUCCCGAUGCUCGCAGGGGACGGAACCCAGAUGACAGAUGCCGGCAUCCGCCGGAUUACAUUGCCGGGGACACUGCAGGAGGGACAUCGCGGGAGAGCACAGGACAAGGUAAGUGAUCGAGGGAUCGCGGAGCAGCGCCGCAUGGUAAGCCCGAGUGUAGCUCGGGGUUACCGCUUGUGGUACUGAAA